AAUAGGCAGCAACGUCCAACAUCCCUGCACCUUCCACUUCCUGCUCAUCAUUCUCAUCACGUGGCAUCAGUGACACUUCAACCCAAACAGAAUCUCUCUAUCAAGGCUUCCAACCGUGCCGGACCAGUAUUCGCCUUCCCUUGCUAGUCUGGACAUCAGUGGCCAGGAAAAUGCAACACGCUGGUGGCCCAGCCUCAUUUACGUCUGACAACGUCGCCGAUAUCAACACCAUCGCCGACUUCCUUGCCUGCUCUCAGGCAUCAUCUCUCGAAGCCUGCGCCCCAGUGGACGUCCUGGUUCUCUGCAUCAGUGCCAUCUUACCUCUUGCGGACCGCGUGUUUACUGCCAUUGAAAACAGGCCAACCGUCACCAAGACCCUCGUGCUAUGUGGAGGCAUCGGACACUCAACAACACUCUUGUACGAGGCCGUCCGCCGCGGCCGCUAUGCUGGAAUUACAGACCAGAUCCAAGGACAGCCUGAAGCGAGAGUGCUUGAAUGCAUCCUCAGGACAUUUUACCCACGUUUAACCAAGUUAAUUGCUGAUGGAGUUGUGACGGUAGUCGUUGAAGAUAAAUCAACAAACUGCGGAGCCAAUGCAAUCGAGACUCGAAAGGUAUUGGAUGACCAUUUGAUCUCCUCUAGAUCCUUCAUCAUUGUCCAGGAUCCUACAAUGUCUUUGCGUACCUUGGCAUCCUUCCAGAGAGUCUACGCCGACGUCUUACCAUCUCCAUCCUUUCUUUGCUUUCCCACAUUUGUACCCGUCAUGUCUACCAUCAGAUCGCCCACCAAUCCGGGAAAUGAGAUCGCAGAGUUUGUCGUUCCAGGCAUCUCAUCGUCCGAGCUGUGGGCCCAGGAUCGCUUCCUUGAUAUGAUUCUUGGUGAGAUCCCACGGCUGAGAGAUGACAGUAAGGGUUAUGGACCUCGAGGCAAGGGCUUUAUUUCACACGUGGCUAUCCCGGACCCUGUCGAAGCAGCGUGGCAACGAUUAAGCACAACAUUCAUCAGCAAGCGUUGAUGUUUAUGUUCAUUCAUCGGCACCUUGGAGGAUACAAUGUCACCAAAGUCUUUCCAGCAGAGUCACAGCCCCAGCCCCAGCCCCAUAUUUGCUCCAAUCUCAGCGUCCAUAACUAGGGUCUUUUCCCAGGUUGUCUGGCUCUCGUGCAUUAUGAGCAGCAGUGUCUCCCCCUGACCUUUACUAUCCCGUAUAUAUCAAUCCCACCAUCCAGGAUUUCCUCUUCCGCUCCUUCCCUCCACUCUCUGACGUCUGUGCAUCGCACAAUCCUUCUCAAUACCUGAGAGGGUUCGAAAGCGAUGGCCACCACAGGGUUUGUUGUUUUUGGAGUGCUUGCAUAGGCUCACUCUUUCAAGAAGCGACCCUUUGCACCCAUAUGUCGG